UAAAAAUGUUUUCAGGUUUUGUGAGAGAACGUUGUGUAGGCCUACAAAAUUCAAUACAAACGAUCUCUACUCCUUGGCAGAUUCUUAUAUUAAUUUAAAGUCAUUGUUUUAAGAUAAAUGAAUACGAUAUUUAAAUGCUUACGUCGAUUAUGCUUUUCCAGAGUACUUAAGCUGAACAACUUUCGGUGGUACCAAUUGACAUUAAACUUCAUUACCGUAUGAUAACGAAAUAAAAGUUAUAGGCCUAGUACUAGUAUUACUAAAGUAAAUACCUGUAUUGACCUAGUGCUACUACUAGUACUACUAUUAAUUAACAUUCUAACUUAUAAAGUGACUGUGACAACUUCGACGAUAUUAGAGAAUCUUGUUUUGCUGUCUUGAGUUUUCCAUGUUCAGUACCACAAUUAAUUAUAGUUUGUACAAGAGGGAAGAACUUAAAGAACAAUGCAAGAAAGUUUGUAACAACAAGUUACAAAGAUUCAGAAACACUAACGGUUGAAAUUAAUUUUUAAGUCUUAUGAUUGGCAUUGACAUUCAAAAUUGCGAUGAUGACACAUGUUUAGUAUUGGUACUGGUAGUGUAUGGCUCCAAAUGAAAAAAAUAUUGUUUUCAAGCCAUAACUUUAUUUAAAUUAGCCAAUUUCUAGAGUAUACAAACUUUUGUAAUUCUGUUGGUGUGUAUUACUGCCAGAUUUUGUUUAAAACUUAGCAAAAAUGCCACAGAAAGUUUUUAACCUGCCUGAUCCACAUUGUACAUCUGAUAAAUACUUUGAAUACACAAAAUCAUUAAGACAAGAGAAACCACCAAUUAUUAUAGAUAAUGGAUCCUCUCAAUGUAAAGUAGGAUGGGCUACAAAUGAAAAGCCUCGCAUGAUUUUUAGAAAUUUAGUUGCCAAACAGAGGGGAAAAAAGGAAGGAGAAACUCAAAUAGGAAAUGAUAUAACUAAUAUCGAAGUGGUGAGAUGGCUAUUGAAAAGUCAAUUUGAUCGCAACAUGGUCAUGCAGUUUGACAUACAGGAGCAGAUUUUCGAUCACAUUUUUAGCCACCUUGGGAUCACUACAGAUGGGUGUGUUGAUCAUCCAAUUGUUCUUACGGAAACACCUUGCAAUCCACCUAUGUCAAGACAAUUGAUGUCAGAACUUCUGUUUGAAUGUUAUCAAGUACCAAAAGUAGCAUUCGGAAUAGAUUGUCUGUUCAGCUUUCAUUACAAUAAUAAAGGUGAACAAAGCCAGAAUGGUCUGGUAAUUUCUUCAGGAUACAACACAACACAUAUUCUCCCUAUUCUUGAUGGCAGACCAGUUCCUAGGGAAGUUCGUCGUAUUAACAUUGGUGGAAGCCACAUGACUUCGUAUUUACACAGGUUACUACAGCUAAAAUAUCCUGCACAUUUUUCCUGCAUCACUUUAACUAGAGCUGAGGAUUUUCUCCAUAACCAUACUUACAUUGCUGAAAAUUACCAUGACGAGUUGAAGAAAUGGAUAGAUCCCGAAUUUUACGAGAAUAAUAUUCACCGUAUACAGUUACCAUACACUCCACUGCCAGGAAACAUUAGUGCUGGAUCAGGAAAGUUGGCAUGGUGUGAAACCAUCGUGAAGAGAGUUAAAGAGAUGACCUUGAAAAGGAAGAUGGAACGACUUGCUGAACAUGAAGAAAGACUACAACAGAUGAUAAAUGCACAGGAGUUGCUGGAAGAAGGUGAAGAAGACAAUUUUGUGAGGGCACUUCAAGAGUUGGGUUGUCACUCUGCAGAAGAACUCCAACUUGAAAGCAACCGACUAAAUCAACAAAUUCAAAAGGCCAAAAAUCUUAAGCAGGAAAGUUCAGAGCCAACAAGAAAGAUAAGAUGUGUGGAAGUAGACUUGCGAAGAUUUUCUGACUCGGAAACUUGGAUUGCAGCUGUUCGGAAACAGUGGAAGGAGUUACGUGAAUCAAGACUGUCUCGACAUCGAUACCAGAAAACCGAGAAACUUCCUCAGCUGUUUGAUUGUGAAGGUAAUCCAGUGGAAGCAAUGGAUGAGGUCUCGGCUGAGGACAGUGAAGAUGAGCAAGACAAGAUUUUUGAAUUGGAAGAAAUAAUAGCUGAAUACAACCGUGAAGUUAACAAUAAGUCGGGUUACAGGUCAGAGCACCGAUUUUCGUUGAACAUUGCUGAAUAUUACCAGCUUCAUCUUGGUGUGGAACGAAUGAGGUGA